CUCCAAUGCCUUGCUUGGCACAUGCGCCCAGGUGCUUUGCGACGCAGGCCAAAUUGCCCAUGUAUUAUUUGGAGAACGGUUUUUGAGUCACCCCAGAAGCAGCCAGCGUCUACCUCUCUCGCCAUCGGCCACCCAACAUCGUUGUUGCCGUUUGACUCACCUCGGAAUCUGAGGCUCUCGAUUGCCUGUUUAUGAAGGCUUUCAAACUCGUCAAUUCCCUCAGGCCACUUGCCGGUGCUAACCCCACCUCAAACUUCUGGAAAGUCGCAGCGAGUCCAAAGUCCGCGCGACCAUUCACGACCACCAACCGUCUGCACAAAGCUGCUCCAGCAUACAAAGUGAACAAAAAAGACAUGGCGACCCUCACGACCAAGACCGGCCAGACCAUUGACCGGCAGGCCAUGGAGUCCAUGCUGCGUCGGCGCAUGUUCUACACCCCGUCCUUCGAGAUCUACGGCAGCGUUGCUGGCCUGUUUGACUACGGUCCUUCCGGCUGUGGUCUGCAGGCAAACAUUAUCGAGACAUGGCGGAAGCACUUCGUGCUCGAGGAGGACAUGCUCGAGGUCGACUGCACCGUCUUGACCCCCCACGAGGUCUUCAAGACGAGUGGUCACGUCGACAAGUUCGCCGACUGGAUGUGCAAGGACCCCAAGAACGGCGAGAUCCUGCGGGCGGACCACUUCGUCGAGGCCAUACUCGAGGCGAGACUGAAGGGCGACAAGGAGGCGCGUGGCCAGACGGUCGAGGAGAAAGAGGCGGACCCAAAGAAGAAGAAGAAGAAGGUCAAGUCCGAGGCCGUCAAGCUCGACGACGCUGUGGUCAAGGAGUACGAGGAGGUGCUGGCCCAGAUCGACAACUACGAUGGCGAUGCGCUGGGCGAGCUGAUCAAGAAGUAUGAGCUCAAGAACCCCGAAACUGGUGUCAUGCCUUCGCCCCCGGUGCCAUUCAACCUGAUGUUCCAGACCGCGAUCGGCCCGUCCGGCCAGCUGGCUGGCUUCCUGAGGCCAGAGACAGCCCAGGGCCAGUUCACCAACUUCGCCAAGCUUCUCGAGUUCAACAUGGGCAACAUGCCUUUCGCGUCCGCCUCCAUUGGCAAGUCCUACCGAAACGAAAUCUCUCCUCGCGCCGGUCUGCUGCGUGUCCGAGAAUUCUUGAUGGCCGAGAUCGAGCAUUUUGUUGACCCCGAGGGUGGCAAGAAGCACGACAGGUUCCACGAGGUCGAGAACAUCGAGCUUACGCUGCUGGACAAACACACUCAACUGUCCGGCAAGACGGACCUGAGAACCAUGACCAUUCGCAAGGCUGUCGACGACAAGGUUGUGGACAACGAGACCCUUGGCUACUUCCUCGCACGUAUCCACCUGUUCCUCGCAAAGAUUGGUGUGGAUAUGAGCAAGGUUCGUUUCCGACAGCACAUGGCCAAUGAGAUGGCCCACUACGCCUGCGACUGCUGGGAUGCCGAGCUCCUCACGUCUUACGGCUGGAUCGAGUGUGUUGGUUGUGCUGACCGUUCGGCCUACGAUCUUACUGUGCACAAGAACAAGACUGGCGCACCGCUGGUCGUUCGCCAGAAGCUGGACACUCCAAGUGUCAGGCAAGAGUGGACACUUGAGUUCAACAAGAAGAAGUUCGGCCCCGCCUUCAAGAAAGACGGCAGGACGGUUGAGGCUGCUAUCACAGCAACAACACAGGAGCAGCGCGAGGCCUUUGCCAAGCAACAGGAGGAAACCGGCAGCUUUACCAUUGAUGUUCCCGGCGUCGCGGACGGCAAGGCCACUGUCAGCAAGGACUUGCUUGAGAUCAAGUACUCUACCAUCACAGAGCACAUCCGGGAGUACACACCAAAUGUCAUCGAGCCCUCGUUCGGUAUUGGCAGAAUCCUGUAUGCCCUUCUGGAGCACAGCUUCUGGACUCGCGGCGACGGAGCCGAUGAAGCCCGCGGCGUCCUCUCUUUCCCCCCGACCAUUGCCCCUACCAAGGUCCUCAUUGUGCCCCUCUCCAGCAACAAGGACUUCACCCCCAUCGCGCGCAAGCUGGGCCAGAAGCUGCGGGCGCUGGGCGUCUCCAGUAGGGUGGACGACUCCUCUGCGACCAUCGGCAAGCGCUACUCGCGCAACGACGAGCUCGGCACGCCCUUCGGCAUCACCAUUGACUUCCAGACCGUCAAGGACGGCUCCAUCACGCUGCGCGAGCGCGACAGCACGAAGCAGGUGCGCGCCGACGAGGCCAGGGUCCUCGAGGCCGUGCGUGAGAUGGUCACUGGCGUCAAGACGUGGAAGGACAUCCAGGGCGAGCUGCCUGCCUUUGAGAGCCAGGAGCUGGAGGUCAGGACUGUCUAGAUUCAGGCAGAGGGGAAGGACAUGUGUUGAGAUCUCUUCGGUGGUUGAAAAGUAGGAGCAGAUGCAAUACAGCAUGCGGCGUCGUGCUGGCUGAUGUAGCUUUGCCUGUAAAUGGUUUAGAUGUGAAAAGACGUAUUCACCACCAA